AAGGAGGUGCUCGGCGAAAGCUUUGCUGCAGCCAGGCCCUGGCUUGGCUUCUCAAGCUGCUCUUACCUCUGACCGCUCUCUCUCUCCGCCAAUUUCCUUCUCAUUCUUCAUUUCUCAUAUCGGAUCAACUGAUUCAACGAUCGCUUGCAGCACUCGUGCUGUAACCAGCUCUUCCUCUCCUCCUCCCUUCUUUCUUCCUCCUCUCCUCAAUUCCCCCCCCCCCCCUCCUCCCUUCCCUUUCUCCUUAUUCUUCUCGGUUUUCUUUUCCCUAUUCCUCCCCCCCUCCUCCUCCUCCCUGUGAUCUCCCUCCCUCCUGAUUUGGUGUUUCUUUUCUUCCUCCUCUUCUUCUCUUCUUCCUCUCUACAGGAGGAAUCGGGACCUCCUCCGAUAAUUUCUCUCUCUUCUUUUCUCCUCUUCCUAUCGUUCCCAUCUCUGCCAGUCGUCUGCUGCAAGGAUCUUCUUUCGAAAGUGAAGGGGAGUGUGGUGAAGAGCUUCCCGUGGCUUCGUUGAUUCUCCAUGCACGGCCGACCUUGCUUGCUUCCUGAUCACACACAAGUGUGAGAGGAGAAGCGGAUCCGUGGAUCCGUCGUCAAUUAGAACCAAACGGAGGCAUCAAUUACGUUAUAUAUGUCCCAUUAUCAAAACAAGGGAGACCGGAGUGAGGGACAGCUGAAAAAGACUGGGCGAUCCAGUGGUCCUGGGCAUCAGAGAUCCGGAGUUCCACCUUCAGCUGUAAAGGGUGGAGGCGCAGGAGGGCCCAGCCCUUCAGGUAGCGCCCCCCCUGCCCCUGCGGCCUCUCUAGGUGGUGUACAGCCCCCUGCCGGUGCACCUCCUGCGCGCCCUACAACACCUGCUUCUUCCACCAAUCGUGGUGGAAAGCGGGCUAAUGGACCGGCAGGAGCUAGCCGCAGCACUGCGAGCGCAGCCCCAGUGGACUACGGGGGAAGUUACAAAGGGCCCCAAUAUGCAGGGCCACCAUUUCCAAAUCAACAGCCUCAGCCGCCGCAACAAGCGGUGGUUCGGCAAGGUUUGGGCCCCACAGACGUUAAUCAACACCCGGCAACGAAUGCUGGACAACAAUCCGAGAUUAGACAAAUAACUCCUCGAGCAUCUCUCCCAGGGACAGGAGGUGCACCGCCUUCUAUUCCCAGACAGCAUGUUGUCGGAUCUAACAUGGCUCCAGGAGCUGCCGCGAGACCACCACCUCCAUCUCUGUCCGCAGCCACUGUUGUGGGAACGGAUCCUGUCUCACCUGUGGCGACUUCUGCAUCUUCCGCCGUCGAUAUGUCACGAGUUACGCUGCAAUCUUCGUUUUCUUUCCAGUUUGGAAGCAUAACUCCAGGUUUCCCUUUAACAGGGUUGCAGGCGAUGCAGAUCCCGGCGAGAACAAGCUCCGCUCCACCCAAUCUGGACGAACAGAAACGUGAUCAGGCGCGUUUCGAACUUAAUCGUGGAAAUGCAGCAAAUAAAGUGCCGACGGUUCCAACCGGGCCCCCGCCAGGGCAGGUCGCCCGUGGUGCCGGUAGUGCCAAUGAACCACCGGCCAGUUUGCAGCAAAGUUUAAGCGCUCAGGGAUCACCUGUCGGAGGCACCUCUGGAGUUCAGUCGCAGCAACAACAAGUCAGCCACCCACCUGGAUUGGCUCAACAACCUGUACAAUAUAGUCAAGGACAAGGGCAUCCUGUUUCCCAUCAGGGGCACCAGAUUUCUCAAGCUGCUUCUCAGCAGCUUCACAUUCAAAUGGCUGCUCAAGUUCAAGUUCAUGCUCAGGCCCAAGCCCAGGCUCAGGCGCAGGCUCAGGCUCAGGCUCAGGCUCAGGCGCAGGCACAAGCUCAAGCCCAGGCCCAGGCCCAAGCUCAGGCUCAUCAGGCCCAACAAGCUCACGCGCAGCAGCAGGUGCUUGCACAGCAGACUUUGCCGCAGCAGUCAUUGCCCCAGCAGGCCAUGGUACAACAGAGUCUCAGUCAAGGAAUGAAAUAUCCUCAACCAAUGAUGGCACCUCCACACGGAGCACAGAUGAUUAGCCAACAAAUGGGCAAUCCUAUGGCUGGUCAACUUUCGGGCCAACAGGUACCUCCUCAAAUGGCCCACCAGCUAGGACCUCAAAUGGGUGGUGCUAUGGGACAGCAGCUUCCUCCAGGUAUAACGGGAGCGCAGUAUGGUCCCCCUGCUUCAUCACAGUUUAUACAACCGCAAAGAAGUCGAGCUGUAAAGAUUGUAGACCCGCAUACACACGAAGAGGUGAGAUUCGAUGGGAAAUCAAAGAAAGGAGACUCUUUCAUGGACUCUGGGCCCCCAACAACGGGAUCUGUUUCUGCUGGUUUGCCUGUCAGAGUGACCAGUAAUGGACCCCCCCAAACCCGAGCUCCAGUAAACUAUGGCAGCGCCCCCCAUCAUACUAUGGUUCCGAACAUGUAUAACUUCCCGAUGCCCAGUGGUUACGCAGGGCCUCCAUAUGGAUUCCAGUCAGUCCCUCCUCCCAAGAGUGCUGUGUCGGCAGCUGGCCCUCCUACAAACACAUCAUCUGUACGAUACUCUUAUGGAGUACCGACACCACCUACGUACCAUCCCGGAGCUGUGCCAAGUUCCGCAGGAACCAAAGUGGUCCCACCGGCUGGGUUGGGAAUUACUGUGACGACUUCAGAGAUGAGCACGGCAACGCCUCCCGCUUCCCUGGUGGCGAGCCCAGUUGGUGGCCCACCGCCACCGCCACCUACAGCAGCAUCUACUGGAACGAGUGCUCCAGUCGUGUCGGCACGUGUGGUUCCGCCUCAAGCUCAACUUGGAGGAAACCCAGCUCCUUCCUCUAAUGGACGUGCAACUGCUUUGGUUUCUGGUCCUGCUGUAGGUAAUGUUCCAGUUCCUGUAACUCCGAUUGCUAUAGGUUCUCUGGGUUUCAAGUUCGGUGACGUCGAUGAGUCUGGUUCGACGAUUGCAGUUCCUGGUGCAGAAUCUUCUCCAGAGAACGUGUCUUCAGCUCCAGUUCAGGUAUCUUCUACCAAUGGAUCAACACCUGCAGGUGAAGACACUAGUAGUACGACUCCAACUGUUCCAGGUUCGGAGGGAUCAUCUUGGAGGAAGGACAGCGGAAGUAGGAAUUCAACUCCUGCUACUACACCUAAACCCACGGUUUCGCUGCCGUCUUCGAAAAGUGGAAGCGUUCCAUCUAGCUCAAACCUAAGUAGUCCUAAAGUUGCCAGUGGGCCAUCUUCAACACCAUCGGUAGAUAAAACAAAGCCCGAGAACCCCAAACCAGCAAUAACCCGAGAAAACUCCCGGAAGAAGAAGGAAAAGGCUCAAAGGAAUCAGCAACAACAGCAGCAGGUGUUGACUUCUACUCCGCCUGUUGUUGACAGUGAUGGAGAAAGGAAGGGAGAUGCUCCUAUUAAUGCCUCAACGACAGCAGGGCAAACUCCUGGAGCAUCAGAGAAGGUUACAGCGGCCUCUCCAAAGGUCGCCUUGCAGCGAUCUUACUCAGGAGUACAGUCGAAUCCUGGAACUGCAGGGAAAACAAGCUCUUCUGGAAAGUCCGAAGACGCGAAGUUAACAUCGAAGUUAGCUGCCGAUUCGGAAAAAAGAGCUAGCGGAAAGCCUUCGGUCUUGGCAACCGCAAAUUCUGAAUCCAAUUCUUCUGUCCAAGUUAUGGUUGUAUCGGAAGGUGAUGACGGUUCACGCAAGCUAACUCCCAAGCAAGGGUCAGGGAAAUCUUUGACAUCUUCCAAGAGUUUGGAAGGAAAGGAUUCUCUGAACGCUGAUGCCUCUACAACUGGGAAGAAUUCAUCAGUCUCCAAAUUGAGCUCCUCUUCCUCGAAGACCCUGUCUGUGACCACUGCUGUCAAGGAAGUACCUUCUGGACACGGUGGAGAAUCUUCACCCAAGAAGGGUCUAGGAGGGAAGGCUUCUCAAAGCAAUGAAGCCAUCAAGGAGGCUGCCACUCUAGAUUCUCUAGGGAGCUCUACAAGUACUCCUGAACUUCCUGCCUCUCAACAAGACGAGGAUACCCCAGUUUGUGCUCCCAGCCAAGUCGACAGUGAAGUGCCUGUUGAGACUGUGGCCAAGUUGCCAGAGGUUGUCAAUGGAGUGGAAGAUGUGACUGUUGAUGCUCGGAGUCCAUGUACAGAAGGUUUGAAAGACGUGAAGCGUCCUGCCGAUGGCACACAGGGUGAUCAAACUGUCUCCAUCGACAAAGAAGCUGGGAAGAAGUCACACGUUAACGGUACUUCAGUUGUUGAAGCGAAGGCAGUAUCGGAAUCAGACGGCCCAGCGGACCUCACAUCUACAUCUGCGAAGGAGAUAAGCACUACAUCUGCAGAUGACUCAGUUGUUGAUGGCACUCCCGAUGAGCCAGUUGCUCCUCUGUCGGAGACAGUUUCCAAAGAAAAGGACCUUCUCACCGAGGCCAAACCAACAGCUGAUGUUGCGGAGACAGAUGCUCCACCAAGUAGUCAUCUGCAUUCAGCAGAGUCGGACAUAGAGAGCGUUCUCGGAAACGAGAACAUAUCUCUUGUCCAGGCAAUUGCAAAAGAGAAGGAAGCUGUUGAACACAUCGCCGAUGUACUUGUAUCGAACCCCACCAACAGUACGCCUGGCCAAGAAAGUACACGCGCCAAAUCAGCCGCGUCGGUGGGAAACUCAGAGAGUUCAGUAAGUGCUGAGCCCAAAAGACCGAAGUACAAGCCCGACAUUACUGUCAACGUAGACAAUCUUGUGGAACCCAGCGACAGUUUUUUGCCUAACCAUCCGUCAGGUGACCAGGGUUCUGUGUCGUCGGUGGAGAAGACACAGGAUGGACACCACAACUCUGACAAUUCUGGAUUUGUUGUUGAAGACUACGUUUCAAGGGAUGGUUCAGAAGUCCAAAAUGCGUCAGUUGCGAGCUCAGCUGAACUAGAGAGUUCCUCUUCAGUGGCUCCAGAAUUGAAGCCCUCUGGGAGCAAGAAAAAGAAGAAGAAAGAAAUCUAUGCCAAAGCUGAUGCCCAAGGUCCUACUGCGGACUUAUUUACUGCUUACAAAGCACCUGAAGAGAAGAAACUGGAUGAUCAGGUCAAGAGGUCUGAAGUUGUAGGCUCCUCUAACGCCGGAGGUGAUUCAAAGAAGGAUUCAUCAUCAACGUUUGAGAAACCCACAGUGCUCAAAGAGCUCGAUGACUGGGAGGACGCAGCUGAGCUCCCGACUCCGAAAAUAACAUCGGGUGUGCCAAGUAUUUCUUCUGAUGCGAAGGUGGCAUCAGUGGACUCUCCAAGUCCUGGUAAUUUUGGGAUCAAAAAGUAUACCCGAGACUUUUUGAUUACUCAGCAAAACUUGAACCGGGAUCUGCCUUUAGAAUUUGAGAUUCGAGUUGACCUGUCUGAACUUUUCCUGAACCGCGAUUCUCAUCCUUCUGGGGACACCCUACCUAGCCCUGGACGAUAUGAACGUCAAGCUUCUGGAGCUGGCGCUCGUCUUGAUCGGCGCAACAGCAAUGUUGGUGCCGAAGAAGAUCGAUGGACGCGCCAGCCAGGUUCAGUGCAGUCUCCUGGCCGGGUUCCUCCGGAUGGUUCUAUGGGAAUGGCUGGCCCUCCUGGUGGUUUCAGACCCGGUGGACAGAGCAGAAAUGCAGGGCUCAUGGGCAUGCCGCCUGGUAUGAGACCAGGCGGCAUGGUAUCGCAAGGGGGUAUAAUGCCCAUGGGAUCCGGUGGUCUUCUUCCGAACAACCCUUUGAUUACAGCGCAACAACAACACAUGGUCCAAAUGCAUCCAAAUUCUGGUCCUGGGAGGCCCAUGAAUCCCGGUGGCGCUGGUGGUGGCGUGGAUGCCGAUCGCUGGCAGCGUGCUCCUGUCGCACAGAAGGGACUCAUUCCCUCCCCUCGAACGCCUUUGCCAGCCAUCCACAAGACUGAGAAUCGUUAUCAAGUUGGAAAGGUGUCUGAUGAAGAGCAGGGCAAGCAGAGGUUAAUGAAAGGCAUAUUGAACAAGCUUACGCCUCAGAAUUUUGACAAGCUCUUUGCUCAAGUUAAGGAAGUCCACAUAGACUCUGCGACGACGCUUACAGGUGUUAUUUCGCAGAUUUUUGAUAAGGCCUUAACAGAACCCACUUUCUGUGAGAUGUAUGCCAAAUUCUGCGUCCAACUAGCUGUUGAGCUACCGGAGUUUACUGAGGACGAAGAGAAGAUCACUUUCAAGCGUGUACUCCUCAACAAAUGUCAAGAGGAGUUCGAAAGAGGUGAAAGGGAACAGCAGGAAGCCGAGAAGGUUGAGGAAGAGGGUGAAGUGAAGCUCACUGCCGAGGAGAGAGAAGAGAUGAGGACGAAAGCCAGAAGACGUAUGCUCGGUAACAUUAGAUUUAUCGGUGAGCUUUAUAAAAAGAACAUGCUCACCGAACGUAUUAUGCAUGAAUGCAUCAAGAAGCUUCUGGGUGAGUAUCAAAAUCCUGACGAAGAAGAUGUCGAAGCAUUGUGCAAACUAAUGAGUACUAUUGGUCGGAUUAUCGAUCAUCAAAAGGCAAAAGAGCACAUCGACGCUUACUUCAAAAGAAUGGAGAUGCUUACAGAAAACAAUAAGCUGUCUUCAAGACUGAAGUUCAUGCUUAAAGAUGUCAUCGACCUACGAAGAAAUAUCUGGCAAGAACGGAGGAAGGUCGAGGGCCCUAAGAAGAUUGAUGAACUUCAUAGAGAUGCAGUGCAGGAACGACAAGCUGCUGCUGCUUCUGGUCGAGAUCGUUUACAACAGCGUGGAGGAGGUAUGCCCGCAGGAGGAGGUAGGCGGCCAGGGAAUGAUUUUGCUAUGCGUGGCCCACAACCUCAAAUGUAUUCCCAAGGAAAUCAGAUGGUUGGAAACAUGCCAAUGUCUGGUAUUCGAGGAGCUCAACCUCAACCCAUACGAGGUAGCUUUGGUCAGGACGUCCGCACGGAGGAUCGCCUGUUGAUGGACAGGCCACCUGUGCCCAUGCCACUGUCUCAGAGGCCUUCAGAUGAAGGUAUUAAACUGGGACCGCAAGGAGGUUUAGGGAGAGGGAUGGGGUCUAGGGGAGCUCCCCUUGUUUCUGGAAGAAGUGCGUUGGCAGAUGUGCCUCAGAUGCCUUUUGGAGAAAAUAGGCGGCCUGGCAUGGGACAUAUGUCAGGUUUUGGUACAGGGAUGAUUUCUGAACGAGGUCUUUAUGGGGGACGAGACGACAGUAUGUUAAUGAGAGGGCCCGGUUUUGACAGACCUCUCGCUGGUGCUGAUAGGCCUUUAUUAGAUUCGCCACUCGGACAAGAGAGACUGGCGCCAACAUCAGGAAGAGAUAUGAGGGCUUCGGAUCGACCUCUUGAGAGACCUAGAACACCGUAUGGUGCCACUAGUUCAAUGAGACCAAUGACACCUCCUACACCCGUCCGUCACGCACCUGCAGCUACUCUUGCGUUGAGUGAAGACGAAUUGAAAAAGAAAAGUCUAUCGACCAUUGCUGAAUACUACAGCGUGCGAGAUCUCAAAGAAGCUGCAGUUUGUGUAGAUGAAUUGAAAACCCCCAAGUUUCAUCCAACAAUGAUUUCGAUGUGGUUAUCUGAUGCUCUGGAGAAGAAAGAUGUAGAGCGGGAGCUCGUGAUGAAACUGAUCAUACACCUCCGCAACACGGAUCCUGCUCUGCUCACUUCGGAGCACAUACUUAGAGGAUUCGAACAAGUUUUGUCCUCUCUAGAGGAUCUUGCGGUGGACGUGCCGAAAGCACCGGAAUAUGUUGCAGGAAUGUUUUCAAAGCUCAUUGUUGCUGGCAUCUUUUCUCUCCCUCAAGUGGGCAAAUUGUUGAAGGAUUGCAUGUCGGAGGCGGGUGGGGGAAGUCUUCUGCAAUCUGGCCAUGCGUUCUCGAUGUUCGGGAGUGUAUUAGAUACGUUUAGAAGGGAAAAGGGAGAGGAAGAUAUGAUUGCUAUGUACAGAAAUUCUGGACUUCAUCUCGAGGACUUCCUCUCCUCCGAACACAAAAGAGGAGGAGGCUAUUUUGAAUCUUUUCUCGAGAAGAAGAACCUGCAAUGUCUUUAUCCUAUGAUACCCGUGGAGAAUUAUUUGAGGGACGCUAUGGAUAAAGACGAACCAGUUGCAGACAUUUUGAAAUGGUUGGAGAAGAAUGUUCCACAAUCGACGAGGACCGAAGCUUCAUUUUUGCGUUUGAUCAUGAGGCAGGUCUUGAGACGUUCUGUACCGGUUGAAAACAAUAAAAUAGCACCCCAGUUUGAGAUAACCUUAGAAGGCAAAGUAAAGAAGUACGCCAGUCUUUUGAAGGGAUUUGCCACCGGAAAGGCAAAAACGGCUGAAGCUAACCAAAGGCAAUAUAUUGUUGCAGUGCAGCUUUUUGCAGACGACCUAGGCCAUCCACCGGGACUGGUCACUGCACUGUUUUCUGAUCUUUACAGAGAAGAAGUAAUUUCCGAACGGGCCUUCCUACAGUGGCAAGAUGAUGUUAAUGAUUCUACCCCAGGAAGGGCUAAGGCCAUUAAGGACACCUUCAAAUGGUUUCGCUGGCUAGAGGAGGCUCCAGAGGACGGUGGAGACGAGGAAGACUGAGCUGUCAUUUUUUUUACUUCAGACAUCAGAGCUUAUAGGAAGGUAUCCUGGAAAAUGUGGGAGCGGAUAUGUGUACAGCAAUCAAAGAGACAAAUAUGUUGUCCCCUUUUGCCCACUCCGUGUGAACACUGUAGGUCAUUUGUGGUAGGGGAGUUCCCCGGUGUAAAAUGCGAAUUUUUGUUCUCUUCUGAUUCUCCGUCCAGAUACUUUCUCUCGGAUUCCUCAUUUUAACGCCAUGUAGAAGUUAGGGGCUCCGUUUGAGAACAAAAUGUAUGACCAAGGAAAACGUGACAAAUGGAUAAGAAAACAGAUCAGUAUAUGGCAAGUUUACAGUUCAUUCAGAAAAUUGAUAUUCAACUGUCUGUGGAUCCAUUCCUUGGCAGUGAGGUCGGUAACAUAUAUUAUUGCACUUUGACGAUAUAUCUAGCAUGUCAAUGAUAACAAAAUACCAAAAUCGAAAUUCUUCUUUCACAGUCUGUUCUGUGCCC